AUGAGUAAACUAAAGUCAUUGAAUAGACAGUUUAUUUCAAAUCUAGAUACCCAUAAAGUUGUUACUGAUGCCAAACGAAAUCUCAUUCUUUCAAUUUUGAAAUCUACUACGACUAAGAGGGAAGCAAAGAAUUACUUGACAAAGUAUCAGAACCAAUUUGAUUUCAGUGAUCUAGAUGCAAACAAGAAUAUAAAAAUAGAUGAAAACUCACUUACGAAGAAGAAUUCCCAACGAGAGUUGUUCAUCAAUCGGUAUCUCAAUCAACUGAAUCCAUUUAUUAAUAUCUAUGAUAAUGAAGAGGUAAAACUACAGAAAGUUCCUCUUCGUUUGGCCAUUUUUAAAAUCAAAUUCCCAACAAUAACCAUUAAACAAUGGAAAGGUAUUGCCGAAACAUUUAAACGAUUGAUCACGUUGGGUAUUUCCCCAAUUAUAAUGUUAGACUAUGAUCAUUUACCUUCAGAUUCUUUUAAGAAUAAUGAACUUUACAUGAUUGAUCAAGGAAAUAAAAUGUUGACAUAUUUAGGAAGACCUGAAGAAGAAGGUGAUUUGAAAAUAACUCUCCUUCGUUCACUCUUUACAUCCCGUGGUGGACAUCCUACUUUGGAUAGUUUAGAACAGAUUCUCAUCCCGUUAUAUCAAGGAAUUAUCCCAAUUAUACAACCAAUUGUUUACAAUGCCGACUUGUGUAAACAGGAAUUUUUAAGUUCCGAUACUUUAUUAUAUGGUUUGAGCUCAGCUUUGAUUGAAAAGCGAACAACGGAUUUGUUAUCAAUUGAGAAAAUUGUCAUGAUUGAUCCAAGUGGUGGUAUUCCUUCAAUCGAAAGACAUCAAACAAGUCAUGUUUUUAUUAACUUAUCGCAAGAAUAUUCGGAUAUUCUUUCUGAGUUGUAUAUUGGACAUAUUCAACCAAAGAAUCGUGAUACACAUGUUAAUAACUUGAACAGUAUGAAUAGUAUUUUGACUUUUAUUUAUCAAAAAUCUGGCAAUGAUGAAACCACGGGAAUAAUUACUACACCGGAGAUUAUGUCCGUGAAUGACGAUCAAUUGAAUCCAAUUAUCUAUAACGUUCUCACUGAUCGUGCUAUCAUAUCAUCUUCACUUCCAAGCACCAACAAUAGAACUCCACAAUUAUCAACCACUAUUAUCAAAAAGGGAGUUGAUGUAGAGAUAUUCGAUGCAGAUGAUUAUGAUAAAAAGUUUACGCUACAUAAUUUAUUUAAUGAUGGUUUAGUGGAUAAAAAACGAUUAGUUGAGUUGUUGGACGAUUCGUUUGGGAAAAAGUUGGAUGUUGAUCCAUAUUUUGAUCGUAUUAAUGAGAAUAUUGCAACUGUGGUGAUAGUUGGAGAUUAUGAUGGUGCGGCAAUUAUAACAUGGGAAUAUAGUGAAGGAGAUAAGAUUGCCUAUUUGGAUAAAUUUGCCAUUGCCAAAAAGAACCAAGGAUUGCCAGGACUUGCAGAUGUUAUUUUCAAAAUUAUACUUCAAUCACAUCCUGUUGAAUUGAUCUGGAGAUCAAGAAAAACCAACCCGGUUAACAAGUGGUAUUUUGAAAGAUGUUGUGGUUGUAUGAGUGCUCCUGAAUCUCAAUGGAAAAUCUUCUAUACUGGUGAAAUUUUUGAUAAAAAGAUUGAUAGAUUCAAGAAAAAGAGAAAACUGUACUUAGAAUCAGGUACCGUUAAUAUUGAUAAAAAAUUACAUCAAUAUUCAGAAAUUUGUGAAGGAAUUACUCCUUCAUUUAAGUAG